AUGGCAUCAACCAACAACAGUGAGAGUCAAGAUACAGAUGUUCUGCUAAUUGCCUUUCCAGGACCUGAAGACAUGCAACACAUGCUUUUUGUUCUUUUCUUUGUUCUCUUCAUGGUAGCAUCAUUCAGCAAUGUAACAGUAUUGUUAAUUAUAGCAACAGUAAAGUCUCUCCAUGAACCCAUGUACUGCUUCAUGGCAUUCUUAUCUGUUGUAGAUCUUCUUUUAGUCCUUAUUUUGUUGCCAGAGAUGCUCGUAUUAUUAUGGUCUGGUCAACAAUUUAUACAGCUGGAUGUGUGUUUAUCUCAGAUGUUUUUAAUUUCAGUUUUGGCAGGCAUGGAAUCAACUAUGUUAGUACUAAUGGCUUUUGAUCGCUAUACUGCUGUGUGCAAUCCUCUGAGAUAUUCAACGAUUGUAACAAAAACAUUCAUAUUUAAAGGAUGCUUAGUUGUUAUAGUCAGAAGUGUUUGCAUUGUAAUGCCACUGCUUGUACUUGCUAAGUUGUUGCCAUAUUGUAAUACCAGCAUUGUUAACAAUGUUUAUUGUGACUAUAUUUCUGUCAUCAAUGCUGCAUGUGCCCAAACAAUCAUAAGUAGACUUUAUCCUCUUUUGACACUUAUUAUAGGAAUUAUCCCUGAUAUAUUUUUAAUUGGACUAUCUUACUACAUGAUUGUUAAAGCUAUAAUAAAUUUGAAAUCAACCGAAGCUCGCCAAAAGGCAUUUAGCACAUGUAGUUCUCACAUUUUUCUGAUUCUGACAUUCUAUCUGUCAUUUACAAUGACAAUACUAACAUCACUUUAUGAAAACAAAGUACCAGCUUAUGUUCCUGUUCUAAUUUCUGCACUAUAUAUCACUGUGCCACCGACAUUAAAUCCUCUGAUAUAUGGUAUAAAAACUAAAGAUAUUAGGCAAGAAAUAAUAAGACAUGUAAGGAAAUGUGGAAAGAUUUCACAAGGUGAUAUGCAACGAGUGUUAUUUUAA